CCCCCCCCUUCUUAAAAUCUCCAUUCCUCAUUCGCUCGCCUUCUCCCAAUCUUCUCGCCGGAUCGAGGUUUAGUUGUCCUGAUUUCAAGGCGCUAUCUUCUCUUAGGAUUGUCGUUGAAGAAGGGACGAUAAACAUCACUGUCCCCCACUAAGGAAAGUCAAGGACAGGCGCCAAAGCACCCUCACUCAAGCACAAAGCAUCGCGUGGAGCAAGGCUCGAACACGCAAUUUCCAUGAAACUCUUGGGGACCCGGUACCACUAGGGCAUUAGGCCGGUGAAAAACAAAAACCCGUCUUGGUGGGCCCGUGUGGAUGCAGUUGGGACGGGCUGUCAAAACAGCCUGUCCGUUUCCCAAUCACGUUUUCACGAUUCGGUUGUUGGUUAGAUCAUCGUCUCCAACAUCACGAGGUCAUCUAAGCUUCUCUAAUGGCGUCUUUCUCCACGACUCUCCACCGUCCUCUCUCCGCAAUCGCUGCCGUUGCCGUUGCCGCCGUGUCUACUGACCUCCCUGAGAGGUUCCCUGGUCCAAAAGCCGCCGAAACACAGCCAUCUCCCUCGCCUUCACUGGGUUUCUCUGCGUCUCCUUCUUGGUUUCCCCGGAUUUCCAUUUCCAACCUAACAAGGGCCUCCCUUCCGGUUCUCAUCGCUCCUUAUCAGUAUGCUAAGCUUGCGAAGCCGCAGGAAAUUGGUCCAGCGAUCCGUUCUUCGCCGGCGGAUGAUGUUAUGUAUCAGUGGCACUUGCCGGCACCGAGUUUGGGGGAGUCUGAAUGCUCUUUGGCUAAGUCUCAGACGGUGGUGGUUUUGCUGGGGUGGUUGGGUGCAAAGCAGAAGCAUUUGAACAAGUAUGCUGAAUGGUACACUGCGAGAGGGUUUCAUGCUAUUACUUUCACCUUUCCCAUGGGAGAUAUCAUUGGGUACAAGGUUGGGGGGAAGGUGGAGCAGAAUCUUGAUUUGUUUGCUGAGCACUUGGCUGGUUGUGUUGCAGAAGAGGAUGGGAAAAAACUGGUCUUUCAUACGUUUAGUAAUACUGGCUGGUUGACAUAUGGAGUUUUAUUGGAGAAGUUUAAGAAGAAUGAUCCUUCAUUAAUGGGGAAGAUCAAAGGUUGCAUUGUGGACUCUGCACCUGUUGCUGCUCCUGACCCUCAGGUUUUGGGCGUCCGGUUUCUCUGCUGCAUUUUUUUGAAGAAGCAGAGUGUAGCAACAAAGGGUGGGUUGGUUUCAAAUGGUGCUGGGCUGAGCAUGAUGGUCCAUUCCAAUUCUAAAUUUGAUCAAAAACCAGCACUUGCAGAAACUGCUCUGCUGACCAUUCUUGAGAGAUUCUUUGGGGUGGUUUUGAACCUUCCAAGCAUUAACAGGAGGCUAUCUGAUGUAUUGGAAGUUCUAUCAUCAGAACAACCAAAAUGCCCACAACUGUAUAUUUACAGCUCUGCUGACAGAGUCAUUCCGGCAAAAUCUGUGGAAACAUUCAUUGAGAGGCAAAGAAGAGCUGGACAUGUGGUAAGAGCUUGUGAUUUUGUGUCCUCACCUCAUGUCGACCAUUUUCGCAACCAUCCAGUCCUCUAUACUACUCAACUCACUACCUUUUUAAAUGAUUGCGUGAUCACCUGUUGCAAAGAUUCUUCAUAGGAGACCUUGUCCUGAACAUAUGUUUUCAUUUUUUUUUUCUUUUCUUUGAUAUUCAUUCUUUCCCUGGCUGUCUAAUGUCUUUGCCGGGCAUGUUAUUUUAUUUUAUACCAGAUAAAUAUUAUUUCUGUAACCUGUUCUCUUACUUGAAGAGAUAACCUGUGUCAUCUACAGAUUAUUUGAUUAUUGUGAUGAUAUCAAUUUAUGAGAAAAGAA